AAAAAAAUACAACUUUCAACUUCAAACCCUACUUAGAGACCCUCGCAGGUCGUGCGCUGCAGCUUCUAUAUUGCGUAAAAUUCAGCACUAACAAGCCAAGUGAACCGAAAAAUAUUGAAAAAUUCCAGCGGCUAUUCCAAAGUUAUUAAUCAAUCAUAUCCACUCCCCCUACCAAUGAGCGCCAUUAUCAGAAGAUACUCUACUGUUGUGACAAAGGCCGAUUUGUGGGCAGACUUCUCCAAGAGAUCAGCCUCUUUGGGCUUGAAGGACGCCCAGCUCAAGGAAGCGCUUCUCAAGGGUGUUGCAGCCACAGAUGGGCCGGUGUCAAUCACUGAUAAGGCCGCCAAGAUGAGAUACGCCAGCACCCCAGGGAUGCAACCGUUGUUCGAAACCGCUCACACAUACUUGCAGCAGAGAGCGCAGAGAACGUACGCUGCCAUUGAGCGAAUCGAGAGACAGAUCAGUGAGACUACUGAUGCCCAGGUAAAGGCCAACCUCCUUGCCCAGAAGAAUAAGAUGGCUGUUUCUGCUGAGCAGCACAACCCAGAGGUCAAGUACACCGCUGAGUACUUGCCUGAGAACUUGGAUAUGUCGCAGGCUGCCUUCAGACAUUACGCAGAGCAGAAGUGGAACAACUACGGCAAGAUGCUACUCAUGGAGAGAUUGGAAACCAUGAGCGUCAUUCCAGACACCAUGCCGACCUUAAAUCCGGAAGUUGACGUCACCAUGGAGUUUCCUUGCAGUGGUGCCUCCGCCGUCGUACCAGGUGCGUUCUUGCACUCUUCCACCACCAUGAAGCCACCUACCUUCACCAUCCAGGAGUUCAAGGAGACCGACAACCAGUUGUACACCAUCUUGAUUGUCAACCCAGAUACCCCAAACGUGGAAACCAACGGCUUCAACACCACCUUGCACUGGGGGUUGACCAAUGUCCUGGUGUCCAACACCGACAUUAAGGUUGACUUUUCGAAGAUGUGCGACGCGUUUGGCAAUAAUAAGCACGAGAUCUGUCCGUACUUACCACCUGUCCCGGAAAAGAACUUGCCGUACCAGAGAUUCGCCGUAUGGGUAUUCAGACAGGAAGCUGCGGUUGCCGUCAAGUCAGCCCGUCUGAACAACCCUGACUUUGACAUCAGAGAGUUUGCCCAGACACACGGCUUGACUGCCGUCGGCGCUCACAUGUGGAGAAGCAAGUGGGACAGAAGCGUCUCCGCCGUGAGAGAGUUCUACAACUUGCCAAAGGGUAGAAUAUUCCACCCACACCGCUUGUAAACCUGUGUUUCACCAUAGGGCUCUACCGUUUAACGGUUCAUUGUACACUUUGUAAAUAGUUAAUGUAUCAACUUCACAAGAUGUUUGACAGCCACGGUCGACUCCAUAUGCUUGUAAUAUUGGGGAACACUAAAGGCUAAGAUUAAAGACACGGAGCUGUUCAGCUUUGGCCAUACCUCAAGGACUACCUAACAGAAGACACAAGUUGGUAGCGGUAUACUAUGGCGAACAAAAAACUAUGUAUUUAAUGCAAUAGAAAUAGCGUUGUUGUCUUGAGGUCGGCUCUAUACAAGAGAGAGCGUGGAUCU